AUGGAUAUUCAUCGUUGUCGCUUUGUACCAUAUCCUCCCUCCGCUAUUAAUGCUGUCGCAUUCUCUUACCCGACCGUCACUAAAUCCCAGAGAGGCGCACCUGUCCGCUUAGCGAUCGGUCGUGCGAACGGCGACAUUGAGAUAUGGAAUCCCUUAAACGGAAUAUGGCAUCAUGAAACCACUCUACAUGGAGGAAAGGAUAGAAGCAUCGAUGGUCUCGUCUGGGUUACCGAGCCUGACCAGCUCCUCCAAGAUGGUACCAAGCUCGUCGGAAAGUCGAGGCUGUUUAGCAUUGGCUACACAAGCACCGUCACCGAAUGGGAUUUGGAAAAGGGACAGCCGAGGAAGCAGGCAAGCGGUAUGCACGGCGAUAUAUGGUGCUUAGCGGCUCAACCCUUCGUCGCUCCCGCCAAGCACGGCGAAAAGUCUGCCAACGGUGUCGUCCAGAGCGGGAAGAAGCUAGUGGCUGGGACCAUGGAUGGAAGCCUCGUCCUCUACUCAAUCGACGAAGAUGAUCUUAGAUUCGACAGGAUAUUAGUAAGAUCGUCCUCGAAGAAGACCAAGAUGGUCAGUAUAGCCUUUCAGAACCGCAACGUAGUGGUGGUGGGGUGCUCGGACAGCGCUAUCCGAGUCUAUGAUAUGCGCAAUGGUAGCGUAUUGAGGAAGAUGACGCUGGGGUCGGACCUUUCCGGUGGUGCCAAGGAAAUCAUUGUCUGGUCCGUCAAGUGUCUCAAUGGGCGCGACAUUGUCUCGGGCGACUCGACCGGUCAAGUCUGCAUAUGGGACGGGAAGACGUACACCCAAGCGCAACGGCUGCAGACUCAUAAACAAGACGUAUUGUCUUUGGCGAUUAGUGCCGAUGGUUCGACGAUCGUUAGUGGUGGGAUGGACCGUCGAACCGUACUCUACAGAAAGACCUCAGGCGCGACAGCAAGGUGGAGUAGGGUCUGGCAUAGGAGAUACCACAAUCACGACGUCAAAACGAUGGCAUCAUUCGAAGGGAAUGGACUGAGCGUCGUUGUUUCGGGAGGACCGGAUGCCAGCCCGAUCGUGCUACCCCUACGAGAAGCCGGUAUGGAGAAUCAUCGGACUCUGUCACAUCUACCCCAGAGUCCGCCGUUGCAGAGCGCGCCGAAGAGUAGGCUAAUAGUUAGCUGGUGGGAGAGAGAGGUUCACGUCUGGCGGUUGAGGAGACCGCUACGAGAUCUAGUAGAUGCGCCGGAGGGGGAGUCUGCCGUGGACAAGAAUCGGAAGCUGCUAGCGCGCAUCUUAGUUAAGGGCGAAGCGAACAUUACAUCCGCGGCGAUUAGUUCUGAUGGCUCCCUUUUGAUAGUCUCAACAACAUCCGAUAUCAAAGCGUUCCAUUUAAAGCCUCGAAGCGAGUCCAAAAAGGACGAGCUUAAAAUUACUAAGCUUGAGCUACAAGAGGAUUUCUCUAAACAAGGCGCAACUAAAAUCCAGGUAUCUCCGGAUGGGCGGUGGCUGUGCUCUGUUCAAGGCGGCAGUAAAAUUACCGUUUCGUCGAUCCUGCGCGAUUCCGCAGCAGACGGUAGGCCAUCGCUUCAUUCUAAAGCGAUUCGCUUACAACGCAUCGAGCGGAAGAUACAGAAGCAUGUAGCUCUAGGCGGGCUAGGACAAUACGAUAGAACGGUUACUCACAUUGCCUUCUCUCCGGAUAGCAAGAUGUUGGCCGUUGCAGACCUCGCCGGUUAUAUAGACACCUGGGUGCUGGAUGGGACACGACCGAAGCUUGAGAACGGCGUUAACGGGAUUCACAACGAUGAGGUCUCAUCCGGUAGUGAGGACGAGGAAGAGCCUGCAGUCGGCGCGGAAGGCCCGCGAUGGACCCGUAACCCAAAGGGGUCUCUUAUCCCUAAGCUGCAGGCCGCCCCUACCGUUCUAUCUUACUCCGAUCACGUUCCAGUCUCAUCCCCUUCUAUAUCAGACGACAACGACACUACAGACGAUUAUAUACUUCUUACUAUCACGGCUAAACCACAAAUACUUGUAAUUAAUCCCACUCUCGGCUCCCUAACACCCUGGUCCAGACGAAAUCCGAUUACGCGCUUUCCGGCCGAGUUUCGAAAUAUCCGCGAUCUUGUGAAGGGAGCUCUCUGGUCGGGCGAAAGGGUAUGGCUUUACGGCAACACAUUUCUCUUUAUGCUUGAUUUAUCUCAGGAUCUAGAUGAGCCCGCUCUGACCCACGAAUCGCCUAACGGAGAAGUCGUGAAGCAAGGAACGAAGCGGAAGAGGGGACCUGACAGCGGUGCCGGUAGCAGGACGGGAAUUGGAGCCGCUGGGCCUACGAAGAUCAUCCACAGGGUCGACGGCGAAGUCGAAGAAAUCCCUCUCGACGGGCCCGCGUCCGAUCCUAUGGACGAAGAUGAAGUUAGUCAGCCAGGAGAAGAAGAGAGCGAGAGCGAUGAUUCUGAUGACGAAAAUCAAGGCGAGCUAGCGCUUUUACGCGGUGUCCAAGGGAAGUCGGUCUCCGAGUCGCAACCGGGCAAUAGCUUAGCUUUCUGGCGUACGUAUAAAUAUAGGCCGAUCUUAGGGAUAGUGCCUCUUGGCGAAGGAGAGGGACCAUCCGUACAUGGAGCAGAUGAUGAGGCGACGCGGCCAGAAGCUCGAAAGAUUCUUGAAGUGGCGUUAGUAGAGAGACCGCUGUGGGAUGUCGAUAUGCCCGAUAGGUACUUUGGAGACGGGGAGUGGGAGAAGUAA